UUGUUGCGACAACUUGCGGUAGUCUGAUAAAGUGCAGCAGUGCAGUUGAUCUAACUUGUUGGAAGAUUACCUUCUUUCUGGUUUAAUUGUGUGGCUCAUAAUCAUCAUGAAUGCAAGAUCAAGCGGCUACUUUAACAACUGUAUGCAGGAAAUAGAUGCAAAGCUUCAUGAAGAAAACAAAUUCACUAGUCUGCUUGAAAAGCUUGAGCAAAAGACAGGUGUGAAGCGACUGUAUAUUUCACUAGGGGUUGCUGUAUUUCUGGCUCUGUAUUUAGUUGUUGGAUAUGGCGCAGAGUUGAUUUGUAACAGCGUCGGAUUUGUUUAUCCUGCGUAUGCAUCUAUCCACGCCAUUGAGACUCAUGAUAAAGAAGAUGACACAAAGUGGCUAACCUACUGGGUGGUUUUUGCAGCCUUCAGCAUUCUUGAGUUCUUCUCUGAUAUUGUACUUGACUGGUUUCCAUUCUAUUGGCUCUUGAAGUGUGUCUUCUUGAUGUGGUGUUUUGCUCCAAUGGGUUCCAAUGGAUCGCACUUCAUCUACUAUAGUUUCAUCAGACCCAUAUUCCUGAAGCACAAAGAAAAGAUUGACAAUUACAUUGACUCUGCUGUCUCCAAGGCUGCUGGUUUGGCUGAUGCUACACUGAAGAAAGCUACAAAAGUUGCUGCAGAAGAUAUGCUGAAGGAAGAGUGAAUCUCAAUAUUCCUUAUAUUAAGAUUUUUAUUGUUUUAUAUUUAACACAUUUGUGUUUGUUCAGGAUCUGUCUGUACUGAAUGUAUUCUAUUCAAAUGGUGUUUUUAUUUAUAAACAGUAACUAAUUUAUUGAAAGUUUUUCUGAUUAGAAAAUUUGCUAUGAAGAUACCUUUUCUUCAGUGAUGCCAAUUAGAUAUAAAAAAAUUCAGUUAAGUCAAAAAUAUAUUUAUUCAAAAGAUAGAUUAUACCUAUAUUUACUUACUUAUUGCUAAUAAACCUCCAACAUUUCUCUAUCGUGUAUUUUUGAAUAGAGCAAAAUUUUGAAAGCUUGCAUAUAUGUUGUUUUGUCCAUAAAAUACACUUUGCUUUUAGAUAUUUUUCUUCAUGGUUUAUAACAAUGACUUUAGAACCAGUUGCUGGUCUUUUCUUUGAUAUUUAGAAGUAAUUUAAUGUGAAAAUCUUCCAUUUUUAACAAGGUUUAAUAUAAGAUAUUGAUCUGAAAAUGCACAUUUUUAUGCACUUCUUAAUUGUGUUUACAAGAUAAUUCACUAGGGAUGUGACAUAACUGUAAUUAUUGUUAUAAUGUUUGCUUUAGUUUUAAAUAGCCUGAUUAUUUUCUAUCUAAAUAUUUAAAUUUUCAAUAAACUUUACAAAUUUUAUUCAAUUUGAAGUCAUCAGGGAAAUUUGAAUAAAAUUGUUUUUCAUAGUAACCAUAGAGAUAUUAUUGUAUGUUUACAAAAUGAAAUGUUAUUGUAUUUAGAAUAGUUAUAAAAUCUGUUGCUUGCUAUACCUAAACUUUCCUGUAGGUUAGUUAAAUAAAUGUAGAAUAUGAAACUAAGUAUCUAAAGCUUUCUAAUAACUUUGAACUUGAAGAGUUAGCUUUUGAUGGUGAAGAAAUAGAUUGUCUAAGUUUUUGAUUGUGGAUAAUUGUAAGAAAGAUAAUGUUAAAAGUUAAUAUAUUCCCCAAAUUAUGGAGGCAUAUGAAAUACAUCUCAUUGUUAUGGAGUUAUUAAAUUUCUUUUUUUUUUCUGGGGCCACCCAUAUUUCUUUUGCAUUUUUCAUAUUAGAAUGAAUUUCAAGAAACCUUAAGGGUACACUCGUUUAAGUGAGUGACACUGUCUGGUUGAUAGUAGUUUGAAGAUUGUUUGUGUAUUAUGGAAUAAAACAAAGGAAAAUAUGACAUUUUGCUACAAUGUUGUACUGUGUAGGUGUUAUGAAAUCAAAAACUAAUGCAUAGAAACAUUAGUUUUUCACUAUAAGAAGAUUUUGUCAUUUUCUUUAUUAUGCAAAUCUAUCAGUUUUUCUACAAUGUUAUUUCAGAGGGGCACAAAAGUACUAAAUCUGAAAGCAGAAAAAAAGUUUGAAUUCAGUGAAGAUUGGUUGUCAUAACGGGAUACAUAUAACUUGUACACCUGCAAAAUAUAUUGGAAGUGUAUAGGAAAAAUGAACAAGACUCUUGCUUUACAAUAGCUGUCUUAACCAUAGAUCUUCAGCAGAUUUCUAACUAACAGUUGGUGGUGUACUUUUUAGUAAUGAUUUCUUCAGUGACUUGUGUUUUAGUGUAACAUUUUAAUGUUGUUAUAUUACAUUUAACUAUCAACUGACAUUUCAAGUUAAAUAUACUCAAAUUAAACCUUUUCUUUGCAUUUACUUUGAACAAUACACUAUUCAGUCGAUUAUGACUCCACAUAACACUAUAGCUCGACCUAGUAAAGUAAUAUUGAAGAGUGACUGAGCACUAUUUAAUGACUACAGCAUUAACAUUACUAUCUAGUGAUUCAUUACAAAACAUGUAAAAAAUACCCACUAUAAUACAAAAAUCUCAAAUAAGUACAUAAAAAAACUAUUACAAAGCUUAGAUGUGUAUUUCUGUUAUUAAACUUAAAUAUUAAUAGGUUUGGUAUUUAAGUGUUUUCAGAUGUAAACUGUAAUAAGCGAUGUUAUUUGGAUGAAAGUAAACUUUAUUUUGAACUUA